CUGCCACCUCUACUUCUGACUCACUAGGCGGCUUUUUAUAAAAACAACAAAGAAUCUCAGCCGCCUGUUCACAAUUGAAACGCCAAACUGUGACUCAGACCAGAAACUCCUCCGUUGUGCACAAUUAGCUUUCGUCGAGCAAAGAAACUCCCUGAAACAAAUCAAAAAUGGCUGAUCCGCGCAUCCGCCAGUUGGUAAUCAAGACGGGAGUCGUCAAGCGCCUGGCCAAGGAGAAGUCCGUUUACGAGAAGGAGGUCCUGACUGAAAAAGCCAGGAUGGAGAAGUUCAGGGGCGAGGGGGCCGACGACCACGUGCUGCGCAAGCAGGAGGAAGUCAUCGCCGAAUGCGAGAUGAUGAUCCCCGACUCCAAGAGGAGGCUGCAGAAGGAGUUUGAGGUCUUGAAGAAGUAUCUGGAUGACGAGCAGGAUCUGAAGGAGAAGGAGGAAUACACCAAGGCAGCAGAUGUCCUUGCAGAGGCAAAGACGGUCCUAGAAACCUAAGAACAAAGCGCUAGCCGCGCACAUUCCCCUGGAGACCUCAAGCUGUCGAGCGGCCUCUUAUCACUAAGUAUUUGCAGCCUGUAGCAUUUAAUACCUCAUUUCGGACGGAUUUAUAAUACAACAAAUUAACAUUCAAAACAAA